GCUCCUUCCCAUGAAGCCCAUCGCUUUCACCUUUCCAUUCCGUUUUGCAUCCAUCCAUCAAUCCAUUCCCCCACGGCGCCGACGACUUCGCUGCAACGGAAGCAGCACGUCGGAGGGGAAGGCUGGAGGAGCGAGUGACAGGCUGACAGCAGCAAGAAGAGGAGGAGCUAGUGGAGCUACAAUAUAUAGCUAGGCAGGCGGGCGGGGAGCCAAUGCCGUCGGGCAAGCAGGGCUAGGAGGAUGGGCGGAGGGUUCCGCCGCUGGUUCCACCGCCGCAGCGGCUCCACCUCCAACUCCAACCAGUCGUCGGCCGGCGAGGGCGAGGAGGGGUCGCCUGAUCUCGAGGUCGUCGAGGACCCGGAUCUCGUCGGGCUCCGCGCCAUCCGCGUGCCCAAGCGCAAGAUGCCGCUGCCCGUCGAGAGCCACAAGAAGAACACAGUGGAAAUGGAGUUCUUCACAGAGUACGGAGAGGCAAGCCAGUACCAGAUCCAAGAAGUCAUUGGCAAAGGAAGUUAUGGAGUAGUUGCUGCAGCAGUAGAUACCUGCACUGGUGAGCGGGUUGCUAUCAAGAAGAUCAAUGAUGUGUUUGAGCAUGUCUCAGAUGCCACACGCAUCCUGCGGGAGAUCAAGCUUCUUCGGCUGCUCCGUCACCCAGACAUAGUUGAGAUCAAGCACAUCAUGCUCCCCCCUUCUCGGAGGGAGUUCCAAGAUAUCUAUGUUGUUUUUGAGCUCAUGGAGUCAGAUCUCCAUCAAGUGAUUAAGGCGAACGAUGACCUCACUCCAGAGCAUCACCAGUUUUUCCUGUACCAACUUCUUCGUGCUCUCAAGUACAUCCAUGCGGCAAAUGUCUUUCAUCGCGAUCUAAAGCCCAAGAAUAUACUGGCUAACUCGGAUUGUAAGUUGAAAAUAUGCGAUUUUGGACUCGCUCGUGCAUCAUUUAAUGAUGCUCCUUCAGCUAUAUUUUGGACGGAUUAUGUGGCAACAAGGUGGUACCGAGCACCUGAAUUGUGUGGUUCCUUUUUCUCCAAAUACACUCCUGGAAUCGAUAUUUGGAGUAUCGGGUGUAUAUUCGCUGAACUUCUCACUGGAAGGCCGUUAUUUCCUGGGAAGAAUGUUGUACACCAAUUGGAUAUUAUGACAGAUCUUCUUGGAACUCCAUCAUCUGAAACCUUAUCUCGGAUUCGAAAUGAAAAGGCUAGGAGAUACUUAAGUUGCAUGCGGAAAAAGCAUCCUGUCCCCUUUUCUCAGAAAUUUCGUAAUGCUGAUCCAUUGGCUCUUCGUCUGCUACAGUGUUUACUUGCAUUUGAUCCUAAAGAUCGGCCUACAGCUGAAGAGGCUCUGGCUGAUCCAUACUUUGCAUGCCUUGCUAAUGUGGAACGUGAGCCUUCAAGACACCCAAUUUCGAAACUUGAGUUUGAAUUUGAGAGAAGGAAGCUGACCAAAGAUGAUGUUAGAGAGUUGAUCUAUCGAGAGAUUUUGGAGUAUCAUCCACAGAUGCUGGAGGAGUACAUGAAAGGUGGAGAACAAAUUAGCUUCCUCUAUCCAAGCGGAGUUGAUCGCUUCAAACGACAGUUUGCCCAUCUUGAGGAGCAUUACAGCAAAGGAGAAAGAGGUUCUCCACUGCAGAGAAAGCAUGCUUCUUUACCAAGGGAAAGAGUAAUUGUAACCAAAGAUGGUAAUAAUGAACAAUAUACUGAUUGUCAUGAGAGAAGUGCAGAUUCUGUUGCCCGCACUACUGUGAGCCCUCCAAGGUCACAAGAUGCUGGUCAGAAUGGCGUGAAAUCCACAAAUUUAAGUUCCCGAAGCUACCUGAAGAGUGCGAGCAUUAGUGCUUCCAAGUGUGUUGCUGUCGAUGGAAAUAAACACCCAGAGGAUGAUGACAUCCCUGAGGAAAUGGAAGGCGUGGUCGAUGGAUUGUCUGAAAAGGUCUCCAUGAUGCACUCCUAGGACAGCGAUGACCAUGGCGGUAACUAUUCAGGAGCAAGAUUUGUCAGGCAUGUCCACCUAUCCCCUCCCAGCAUGGCGUGUCUAGGAGCCCUCCAUGGAUUCAUGGAUGAUUCCCCAUAUGGAACAUUGGUUCUGUCCAUGGAGGAAACAGAAUGAUAUGUGGUCUCCACGAGGACAUGUUUGUUUUUCAAUGGAGUCUGGAUCUAUCCAUGAGUUUUACAACGGCUUUGCCAUGUGUAUGAACUGUCCUCAGUGUACCAUUUCUUUCUUUCUUUCUCUCAUUUUGAGGGGAUAUCAGUGUACGUUUUGCCUGUCAAGACAAGAGUACGAUGUCAAGAAGCAUGAGCACCAGCAUCUACAAUGGUUUAUGACUUCAUGGAGCCAAACUCAAAUUGGUUA